AUGAAGCUCGUUAGAUUCUUGAUGAAACUCUCGCACGAGUCGGUGAUCAUCGAGCUGAAGAAUGGAACGCUAGUCAAAGGAUCGAUACUCGGUGUGGAUGUGGCGAUGAACACGCAUCUCCGAUCGGUGAAGAUGACCCAGAAAAACAAAGAAGAGAUCUCGCUCGACACCCUUUCCGUUCGAGGAAACAACAUCCGCUACAUCAUUUUGCCCGACUCCUUGCCACUGGAUACGCUGCUCAUCGAUGAAGAGCCGAAAAAGAAAGCUGCCCGCGCUGGAAGGGGUGGACGUGGCGGUCGAGGUGGACGAGGCGGUAGAGGAGGCCGCGGUGGCAGGGGAGGACGUGGAGGACCCCGGGGAAGGCGU